GGCAGGGCUGGAGCGCCAUGAGCAGCCCGGAUGCGGGGUACGCCAGUGACGACCAGAGCCAGACCCGCAGCGCGCUGCCCGCGGUGAUGGCCGGGCUGGGCCCCUGCCCCUGGGCCGAGUCGCUGAGCCCCCUCGGGGACAUGAAGGUGAAGGGCGAGGCGGCGGCGAGCAGCGGGGCGCCGGCCGGGGCGGCGGGCCGAGCCAAGGGCGAGUCUCGCAUCCGGCGGCCGAUGAACGCCUUCAUGGUGUGGGCGAAGGACGAGCGCAAGCGCCUGGCGCAGCAGAACCCAGACCUGCACAACGCCGAGCUGAGCAAGAUGCUGGGCAAGUCGUGGAAAGCGCUGACCCUGGCGGAGAAGCGGCCCUUCGUGGAGGAGGCCGAGCGGCUGCGCGUGCAGCACAUGCAGGACCACCCCAACUACAAGUACCGGCCGCGGAGGCGCAAGCAGGUGAAGCGCCUGAAGCGGGUGGAGGGCGGCUUCCUGCACGGCCUGGCCGAGCCGCAGGCCGCCGCGCUGGGCCCCGAGGGCGGCCGCGUGGCCGUGGACGGCCUGGGCCUGGCCUUCCCGGAGCAGGGCUUCCCCGCGGGCCCGCCGCUGCUGCCCGCGCACCUGGGCGGCCACUACCGCGACUGCCAGGGACUGGGCGCGGCCCCGCUCGACGGCUACCCGCUGCCCACGCCGGACACGUCCCCCUUGGACGGCGUGGAGCCGGACCCGGCCUUCUUCGCCGCGCCGCUGCCCGGGGACUGCCCGGCGGCCGGGCCCUACAGCUACGCGCCGGCCUCGGACUACGCGGGGCCCCCGGAGCCGCCCGUCGGCCCGGUGCACGCGCGCCUCGGCCUGGAGCAGGCGGGCCCUGCGCUGCCGGGCCACGUGGCGCCCCCCAGCGCCCUGCAGCUGUACUACAACGCGAUGGGCUCGCCGGCGGCCGGCGGCGGGCGCGGCUUCUCCCUGCAGCCGCAGCAGCACCCGCCGCAGCACCCGCAGCAGCACCCGCCGCAGCACCCGCCGCAGCACCCGCCGCAGCACCCGCAGCAGCCGUCGCCGCCCCCCGAGGCCCUGCCCUGCCGCGACGGCGCGGACCCGAGCCAGCCCGCCGAGCUCCUCGGGGAGGUGGACCGCACGGAAUUUGAACAGUACCUACACUUUGUGUGCAAGCCCGAGAUGGGACUCCCUUACCAGGGACACGACUCCGUUGUGAAUCUCCCCGACGGCCACGGGGCCAUCUCCUCGGUGGUGUCGGACGCCAGCUCAGCGGUGUACUACUGCAACUAUCCUGACGUCUGACGCCCCGGGCGAGCCCGCCUGCGGGCCAGAAGCGCAGCGUUACCUACACACUUCCGGAGGGGCUGAGGAAGUCCUCGGCCUCGUGUUGUUUUGUUUUGUUUUUAAAUCGCCUAGGCAUAUAAUUUAUGGUAAUUUAUUUUGUCUGCCGCUUGAACAGUUGGGGGGAGAAAAAUGUGGGGUGGUCUGUGAAGAUUUGUCCAGAUACUUCUUCUUUCCCACAGUUGCCUUGUCAGAACCCCGUUUCCCAGUUCAGGGUGACCAGUUUUGAGUAUGUCCCAGAAUAACUUGCUCCGUUUCCUGACCAUUUAUUGACCAAAACCAUUUUAUCUUGGGUGUGUUUUCUCGAUCUUUAAAGAAAUAAAAUCUGGAAUCCUUUUUCACUCUGCUAGUGUCUCUUGUCACAAAAGUCCAUUUUCAAGAUGAAUGUUAAGUAUUGACAUAGCACUGGAAACAUUUGAUUGAUAUUUAAUAUGUAGUUACAGCAGAUUUCUCCUUCUCUUAUAAUUGAUUCAGGGUCAAAACCUAAAAUGGAACAUUAGGAUGUCUAUUUGUUUUUUUUCCUAGGUAGAAAAACCUCAUAGAAUGAGCCUGUGCGUAACACAUCGUUUCAGUGAUCCUAGUUUCUGAAAAGUAAUGGUUAAUCUCGAUACUCUAGGUAUUUUGAAUUUUCGUGUAUCCCUUCACCAGAGGAGAACAUCCAAGGAAUUUGAGUUUUCUAGUUGAAUCUUGAAACCAGCCUAUAGAGGAGUUUGGAUUUUUUUUUUUCGGCCUACAUUAUUUCACCAAGAGUCUGUACGCUCCCUCUCAACACUGAACUUGCUAACUCUCACCUGUCUACACCUUGGGAAGUAC